AUGGGUGGUAAUCAGACGAACGUGGUGGUUGUGUUUUGUGUGGCAGCCACUCUGCUGCUGAGCGGGACUGGGCCAGCCGAAGGUGCAAACAUCCUCUGUCUGUUUGCGGUUCCCAGCCCGAGCCAUCACAUCUGGAACCGGGUCCUGGUGGAUGCGCUGGCCGCGAACGGCCACAACCUAACCGUCGUCUCGCCGGACAUCGAGAAGAUCGCGAAACCGAACAUCACCUACAUUCAUCUGGAGGCGACGUACGAUGCGAUCCACAAGGGGGCAACCGCCAUCGAUUUCUACGAAAUGGCUCAGGCGGGCGUGGUGGAGAGUAUGCGAAUUUUCUACGACUACGCCAUCUCGAUGUGCACCGGAAUUCUGCGCUCCGCGGGCUACGGCACGAUUUCAAACUACCCGCCGGACUACCGGUUCGAUUUGGUCCUGUACGACUACACGUGCGGCCCGUGCCUGAUGGCGCUCUACCAGCGGUUCGGUCAGCCACCGCUCGUUGGUGUGACGGCCUUCAACAAUCCGCCCUACUCGACCGAUCUGAUCGGUGGCCACAAAUACUACGCAUACAUUCCGUACUACACCCUGGACUACGAUAGUCGCAUGAACUUUUUCGAGCGCUUCUUCAACGCGGCCAUCCAUUGGAUGGAUCACUUCUACCGCAACCACGUGUUCCUACCCGAAACCGAUCGGAUGGUGCGGGGCCACGAGCAAGACCCGAACCUACCGUACCUCGGAACGUUGGAUCAGAAAAUGAUGCUGAUGCUGGUCAACUCUCACCACGCGGUCGACUUUCCCGAGCCGGUGCCCCAGAACAUGGUGCAAGUCGGUGGCCUUCAGAUAAUCCCCCCGAAACCGCUUCCGGCCGAUCUCGAUCGGUUCAUUCGGGCUGGCAAAAAGGGAGCGGUCCUGUUUUCACUCGGCACCAACGUUCUCAGCAAGGAUCUCGGUGAUGAGCGGAUCAGGUCGUUCCUGGAGGCGUUCCGUCAGAUGCCGGCGUACAACUUUUUGUGGAAGUUCGAAACCGACCUUCCGUUCGAUCUACCGGCGAACGUGAUGAUCAAAAAGUUUCUCCCGCAAAACGACAUCCUGGCGCACGGAAGCGUGAAGGGCUUCAUGACUCACGGUGGAUUGCUGAGCACGCACGAGGGCACCUGGCAUGGGGUUCCGAUGAUUGGCAUUCCUGUGAUCGCCGAUCAAUACCGGAACCUAGCCAAAUCCGUCCGGGCUGGGGUGGCCGAAAAGCUGGACCUGUGGGAUCUCACCACCGAGAAGAUACGCAACACGGUGCUGAAAGUGCUGGAAACUCCCAGCUAUCGGCGCGCCGUUAAGGAGCGCUCGGGGCUCUUCUGCGAUCAGGCAGAAACACCGCUGGAACGGGCUGUGUGGUGGAUCGAGUGGGCUCUACGGCACCCGAAUGCGAAAACCAUCCAAUCGCCCACCCUUCAGCUGGGAUCGUGGCGUAGUGAGCUGUCCGACGUGAAGCUGUCGAUCGUGCUUGCCAUUUUGUGCAUCGUGUGGGCGCUCAAGAAAUUGGUCAGUGGUCUGUGCACGAACUCAGCGAAAUCAAGCAAACGAAAGGUGCAUUAAUGGCCACUAACUUUUGUGGUUUUUGUGAAAGUUAUGCAAGGUAACGUCAAUACACUCUCGAUAACCUUCACGCGGUUAGCAAUGAACGUGUUCAUGGUGUUUCGUUUUUGUUUUCUGCCCGUCGUUUGUACAUCUCCGCUAAUGGUCUCUCGCUGUGGGCACGAUCGUUUCAUCGAGAACCGCGAAAUGAGGAAUCAUUUGCAUCG